UAUAUUUAUUUUCAUACACAUACGAACCAUCCGGGCAGUAUUCAUCUGUGUGCGGGCAAUAUUACUACUAGACACUAGCUGUUCCUCGGUGCAUACAAUAUACGCGUUCACACAACCGCGGCGCGACACCGCUAUACAAUCAUUACUAUCACUCGCCAUGUUAUGGACAAAAUGUUUGCUGUUAUCUACAGCCACUGUGAUUUAUCGUUCACGCGAAACCGUUCAGGCGGGUACUUGUUAUCAAAGAGAGUCGAAUUCAAAUCGGUUGUAUGGAUCUAAAACGUCAUACGCCGCCGUCUCUGGGGUGGACCUGCAAAAACCUUCAGAUUGUACACCAAUACAAGUAUGGAUGAUGUCUAGACACGGCACCCGAUAUCCGUCAAGGGAAACCAUUACCGAGUUCAAAACUAAACUGAACCUAUUGAAGGCUAAAAUUACUGAACAAUCUCCAAUGUGUUGGGAUGACAUAAACGCAAUCCGAAACUGGAACACUAAUUUGACUAUUCAAGAUCAUUACAUGCUGCAAGCACAGGGCAUCGAAGAACUUAAAACACUAGCUCUACGACUUAAACGACAGUUCCCAAAUUUAUUCAGUACGAAUUACGAUGCGUCUAAAUUCAAAUUUUUAUCGUCGCCAAAACCACGUGCCACGGCUAGCGCAACUGUAUUUUUCCAAUCAUUGUUUAAUACAAACCCUGAAAAGGAUUUACCAACAACAAAGAACGACGACAGAAUAAGUCUAUCAAAAUGUAAAGUAAUAGUUGACGACGAUGCUAUGGACGGCAGUGAAGAAGUAAACAAAUUUCAAAAUAGCCCAUCAGUGCAAUCUGUCGUGUCAAGUGUUUCUAUGAAAAUGGGACUAAGUAACAACCUCACGUACAAUGACGUUCAGCUGAUAUUUGAAUCUUGUAGAUAUGAAAAAGCGUGGUAUCCUCAGUCAAGUCCGGCGUGGUGUGCAUUGUUUUCCCACAACGAUUUAGAAAUCUUAGAAUAUCUCGAGGACCUUAAAUAUUACUACAGCAAUGCUUAUGGUAAUCCAAAUGGAGAACGUUUGGGAUGUCCAAUAGUCAAAGAUAUGAUAAACAACUUCAAAAACAUCGCUAGAGGACAAAUUACUCCAUCAGGAGUAUUUUAUUUUGGACAUACGCCUAACGUAUUGAGUAUUGUGACUCGUAUGGGUAUUGCAAAAGACAACAUACCAUUAUUGAGUAGUAACUUUGAAAAGCAGAGAGGCAGAAACUGGAGGACAUCAUUCAUAGACCCAUUUGCAUCAAAUUUCAUAGCCGUGUUUUACAAAUGUAGAGAAGGCAAUAAAGUUAUGUUUUUAUUGAAUGAGCAUGCAAUACCAAUGACUAAGGAAUCGUGUAAACUUUGCCCGUGGGAACCAAUUGAAAAUACUUUAAAUCCGAUCAUAUCAAAUCAAUCAUGCACUUUGGAUUUCUGUAGUAGUUUUGCAUUGUGUCCAUCUAUAAAUACUUCUGUAAUAGUUUUUAUUUUCAUAUUCACUGUACUAAAAAUGUGAUCUACCAUUAUUAUAAAAUAGUCAAUUGGAAUUA